AUGACUGAUCCAAAUAACAAGAUAUAUCAUCCUCAUGAUCCUCACCAUCCUCAACAACAACAUCCUCAACAACAACAACACUUACCUUCUAACGAUCCUCAACAACAUAAUCAAUAUCAGUAUCACCAACAACACGAAGAAGAAGCGGAGGAAGAAGGGCAACUACGUCAUCUUCAUCAUCAUCAACAGCAUCAACAUUUAUCUUUACAUCCUAGAGAAUUAAUACAGCAUAAGAUUGGAGGUGAAGAGGUAAAUGAGAUUAGAAACGGUGCUCAUGAUUUUAAAGUUCAUCAAUUGCCUCUUGCUAGAAUAAAGAAAGUAAUGAAAACUGACGAAGAUGUAAAGCUUGACACAAAACGUUUCUGGUCUAUUAUGGCGUCAACUCAUACAUCAAAACGUGAUUGCCUUAAAAAUAUUCAUGCUUCAAAGAUUGCAAAAAUCAAAUGGCACUUAAUUAAUACAAAAUCAUCAACAAAUUUAACUCGAACCCCAAUGCCAAUUGAUGCUAAUAUAAAUCCAGCCUUUGCAGUAAAUGAAGUUUCACAAGGUGCUGGUAUUGUUGGUUGUUCUGCUGCUGUAGCUUUUGAAAGAGAUAUGAAAGAGCCUGAUCGUAUUGUUGGUGAAUUACUUCAACCUGGUGGUGUUGCAGCUUUAGAAAAACUUGGGUUAAGAGAUUGCCUGGAGAAUAUUGAUGCAAUACCUUGUCAUGGAUAUGGAAUUUUUUAUCAAGAUGAUAAUGUUCAUGUUCCAUAUCCAAUUCUUGGUAAUGGAAAACAGGCUAGUGGCAAAUCAUUUCAUCAUGGUCGUUUCAUAAUGAAUCUUAGAAAAGCUGCUUCUGAGACAUCAAAUGUUACAAUUUUUGAGGGAACAGCAAAUGAAUUAAUUCAAUGUCCAAUUACUGAUCGUGUGUUAGGUGUUAUAUGCACUCAAAAAGUUCAAAAUGGUGAUAGUAAUAAUAUUAUUAAACAAUUUUUUGCACCACUUACAAUUGUUGCUGAUGGAUGUUUUUCUAAAUUUCGUAAAUAUUUUGUUCCAAGAGAACCCACAGUGAAAUCCAAUUUUGUUGGAUUCAUAAUGAAAGAUGCAGAACUUCCAUUUCCAAAUCAUGGAACAGUUUUAUUGGGAAAUAUAGCACCAAUUUUAAUGUACCAAAUUGGAACUCAUGAUACACGUGUUUUAAUUGAUAUUCCUGGAAAGUUACCAAGUAAUGGUUCAGCUCUUCAAAAAGAACGACUUCGUUCAAUGCCAAAUAGUUUUUUACCACCAUCUGCCAAUAUCAACAGUGGUUUAAUAAUGUUAGGUGAUGCAAUGAAUAUGAGACAUCCAUUAACAGGAGGUGGUAUGACUGUGGGUUUUAAUGAUGUUGUCUUAUUAUCAAAACUAUUAUCACCAACUAUUGUUCCUGACUUCAAUGAAAUUGGUCUAGUUUUGGCUCAAAUGCAAGCAUUUCAUUGGGAAAGAAAAUUUCAUUGUAAUGAAAAUCUUCGCAUAUUACGUGAAGCCUGUUUUAAUUAUUUUCACUUGGGUGGUAUUUGUGUUGAAGGACCUUGUAGUUUACUAUCUGGAUUAACACCAAAUCCUUUGGUUUUGAUUUUUCAUUUUUUUGCUGUUGCAGUAUUUGGAACUUGGAGAAUAAUUUCUAAUGGUCAUAUAACACAAUUUCCACAAAAUAUCAUUAAAAGUAUAAUGGUAAUAUAUACAGCUUGCAUAGUAAUUAUCCCUAUUUUAUAUACUGAAAUUAGAUUUUAA